AUGGAAUCCGUCAAUCCUCCUGCGCGCUCCCUGAUUGGCUGCCCUCGAGGCUCCGCCCAGAUGCGCCCGCCCAUUGGCGGAUUAGCUAAUCGUCCCUUGCGCUUUGGAGACCGUCGCCCCCCGUCUGGUCCGCGCGGCUCGGACGAUGGCAACAUCCCUCCCCUGGGUAGGGAGCCGCCUCGAGGUCCCAAGGCGCUGAUUGACCCCCCUCGAGGCGCUCCGUUUGGUGGCCGAGGUCGAGGCUAUCCUGGCCGUGGAGAUUUCCGAGACCGAGACCGCGACAUACGAGAUCGCGACAGAGAACGGGACCGCGACUUUCGAGAUAUCCGUGAUGGUCCGCCACCCUUUCGCCGAGAGAUUGACCGGGAUCGCGGGGACUGGGGGCGUCGCGAGCGCGACUUCGACCCCCGGGAAUCACGCAUCGGCUUUGGUCGCGGUCGCUCCCGCUCCCCGCCACCACCGCGCGACUUUCGAGACCUGAGAGAGCCGAUCGGGCGCGAUGCAGAUAUUGUUCGAAUGCGACGGGGUUCACGGGAUAGCCUCAUAUCAGUUUCCUCGGCCGUGCCGGAUGUUCCGCCGGCGAGCGGCCACCAUCCCCGUCCGGGUCCACCCAUGAGAGGGCGUGGACGGGGCGACUGGGAUGCUGGACGUGGGCGAGGUCGCAUGCCGUAUAUGGAUGACCGCGACACCUUCCGGCGUCGAAGCCGGUCACGCGACGCUCGGUGGGACCGGGACCGAGAGCGCGACCGUGACCGCGACAGGGACCGCGAUCGCGAACGGGAUCGCGACCGCGAGAGGGACCGCCUCAUCGACCGGGAUCGCGACCGCGAGCGAGAACGGGAUCGAGACCGCGUCAUCCUGGACCGCGAUCGCGACAACGACCGGCGGGAUCGUGACCGGGAGCGGGAUCUGGACCGACGGGAGCGCUUCGAGCGCCGCGACGAAGUUGACCGACGCAUCGAACGCGAUGAGCGCGAACGACCAGCAGACCAUUGGAAGAGGGAUCGCCCGCCCAGUCGUGCUGAGAAUCGCAUCCCCAGCAGUUCAACCGUGUCGUCUGCCACCGGCCCAGCGGUCCAUGCUGGUCCCGCUCUCCCGGACAGGCUUCCGGACCACCCACCCGCCGAGCCGCCCCGUAAGCCAUCCGUCGUUGGAGACGGUCGCCGCGAUUCUCGAGUCGAGCGCAUUGAACGCAUUGAACGCAUUGAACCACCCACGCCUCAUCCCGACCCUGCCAAGGACUUCAUCCCUCCUCCCGUCAAACGAUCGACGCCUCCCGCCGCGCCGCAAGUUCCCGCGUUCGGAUCAGUCACCGCACCCAUCCCUGAGAUCCCCGCAGAGAAGCCUCCAGUUGAUCCGGUCCCUGCACCUCCUUCCGCCCCGAAGACAGAGAAAGAACGCCAUGAACCGCCCCCGCGAGUCCCCAUGCAACCCCCGACCGCACCAAAGGCCGACCGCGGUCCUUCACAGCUGCCGCUGGAACAGCGGGUUCGACGCGAGGAACCUCGACGUGACGAAGCGCCGGUGACCCCGAUCAAACAUGAACCGCCUCCGCGUCUCCCGAAGUCACACCCUCCGGCGGCGGGGGUGCAGAAGCCACUCGAUAUUUCACCCCCCACUGCUCCUGCGGCCAUGGUUCACAAGGAGGCCCCGGGAUUCCACGAGGCACCCUCACCGAGUAAACUGGGCUCCGCCAUGAGCUCACCCGAGAUUGGGAGGAGGCCCUCUGCGACUGGACUCGCCACCUCUCCCGGUCCGCUCACAUCCCCUCGGAUGCAUACGUCGAGUAUCCCGACCGGUCCCCGCGCGCUCCAGCAACGCCCUUCGGUAUCACGGGGCCCGUCGAAAGGCAACAAACAAUGGGUUCGACCCGGCUACAGUCGACCGCCGUCUGGUCCUAGUUCUGCCGUGCCUCCAAAGCGCGAUUCUAUCGACGGGAAGGACCGAAGUCUGUCCAUCAGCGAAGAAACCAAGCAGGAAUCGCGUAUUCCCGUGGACGGGAUUCCAGCGGACGAUUCAUCGACUGGACCCGAAGCAGGUGAGAUUGUGGGUGACGAGGAUGUUGUGGAAUCGAAGCCGCCGGCUCCUGUGACCUCACCCGAAACUCCCAUGCAGAUCGACGUGCCUAGUGUCAGUCCACCGAAACCGAUUCUGGAGGAGAAAGUCAUCGAAAGGAAGAGUCAGGAGCAAGGCGACCUUGUCAUACCGGACUUCGGGCAAUCUGGCGACGAUGAGGAGGAGGAAAACCAGAUUUUCGAGAAGGACAUGAACGCUCUCAGAGCAGAGCUUCCGCCCUCGCCGUUGGAAGACCCGAAUAUUUUGGCACUGCUUAUGCGCAUCCAGCUCCUAGGUGCGGUCGCCCAUGACACGGUCGUUGAAAAGGCCCCGACGCCGCCCCCGUUGCCAGUGGAGGAACCCAAACCGGCAAAGGAGGAACCGGUGGCCCCUGCCGUGGAAGCUCAGCCAAACGGAAAGGCCGAAGAACAUGAGCCGCCAACGAAGAUGGUCCUGGACUCCAUUCCUCCUGCGGAUGUCUUCGCUGCCGAAAGUCUUCCGUUCCUGAAUUCUGGCCCCCCAACGCCUUUGUCCGAUCUGGAGGUUUACCAGGAGAAUGCCGCAACCCAUGAACGUUUAAAAGACACCUUCCGCGACAUAAUAAUGAAGCGACGCAAAGAGAUCGCGCAGAAGAACGCGGAGCUCCGAAUUGAUUAUUUGGCUCACUACAAGCCUUGGAGGCUGAAUGUUUGGGAGCUGGAUCGUGCCAAAGACCAGAGCUCGAGCACUCCAGGUCCUACACCUCCCCCCGUCGCUCCUCCCGUAGUGACACCCACACCUCUGGUUGAAAGCGGAAGACGGUACAAGGGGAACAGUGAGUUGGACUUCCAGAACGCCCUCCGCGCGUCGGAGAUUUCCGCCCAAGAGGAACUCGAGAGGCGUCGCGGCAAUAAAGCUACGGCUCAACCGGAUCUGGGUCGGGAGGCAGUAAUCCCCAAUAUGCUCGUCCCCCGGGAGAUCAAAGCUGGCACCUAUAAGGAUACAAACAACAUCAUUGACCCGAACAAGGCCAUGGAUGUCUUCGGUUUCCUGCCGCCCCCCAAUGAUUUCACCCAGUUGGAGCACGAGGCUUUCACGGAUGCGUUCAUGGCUCACCCCAAGAAAUGGGGCAAGAUCGCGGAAGCGCUACCCGGGCGGGAUUUCCAGCAGUGUAUCGUUCAUUACUAUCUGACCAAGGAGGAAAUCAAAUACAAGGCCAAGCUCAACAAGCGAUGGAGCCGCCGCGGGCGUGCCCGGCGAUCUGCUAGGCCGAAGUCGAAUGCUCUUAUGGCCGAUCUGGGCGUCGUUAAGCCCGACUACGAGGGCGAGGAGGAGCCGGCUCCUGUUACUGACACUGGUCGUCCACGACGAGCCGCCGCACCGACAUUUGGCGACUCGUCUGCUGACACGGACAAUAAUGGUCGCCGAGGGAAUGCGUCCAAGGAUGGGGAACCAGUUGAGAAGCCCACCCGACGAGGGCCCCGGAGCGGUGCAGGCACCCGAGGUGGCCGACGCGGGAAGGCUGCGCAGCAACAACAGCAGCAGCAGCAGCAGCAGCAACAGCAACAGCAGCAGCAACAGCAACAACUACAGCUACAGCAGCAACAGCUACAACAGCAGCAGCUACAGCAGCAACAACAGCAACAGCAACAGCAACAGCAACAAACAUUGCAGCCGAUUCCUGCGGAGCAACCGGUGCAGGCAACGUCAGCUCCACCGGUGGCACCCGUUGUUACUCCUGCGCCCAAGGUAGAGGCCCCCGAACCGUCUUUGGAUGGUGUCUCCGAGCCAGCGCCCGUGCCUGUGCGAGCCAAGGAGCCGGAGAGGGAAGCGACCGAUGUGCCACCUCGUGCGAGGUCUGGACGAGGACGUCAGAAGGAGGGAGUGUAUGUCUUCGAGUCAACUGAGCAGGAGGCCCCUGCACCUACCCGGCAGCCCGAGGUCGGCGGAUAUGGGUCCCUGCAGCCCACCAGUUACUGGUCGGUGCCCGAGCAACGUGAUUUCCCGCUGUUGCUGGCGCACUUCGGUCGCGACUUUGAAGGUAUUUCGAAUUUCAUGAAGACGAAAACCACGGUCAUGGUUAAGAAUUACUUUCAGCGUCGCAUUGACUCUGGUCAAAAGGAUUUUGAAGAUAUCGUUGCCGAUGCAGAAGCCAAGAAAGCUCGUGGUGAGCCCACAGGUCCUUUGCCCGUCCCUAACUUUGCCUCUAAACGGCGUUACGAAGCUACACCAUCUUCCAUAAUCAUGCCUCGACCUCUCGCACCGCACACCGAUGCAACCCCGGAUAGCGAUGACAGCCGCCUGGGAGCGAAAGCCAAACCAGUUGGUCCCACCCAUCAACAAGUGCAACCAGUGCCGACUCCCCGCGCUGGGCAGGAGAAGGAGCGCAGCCUGUCGCGAUACCCACCACUUGCACAAGCCUCUAGUGCACCCCUGCCGGGCGGACCUGUUCUCAGCGAGGAUGCUGCCCGGGCGAUUACCUCCCAGGGAGGAUUGCCGCCCCGCGUGCCAGGGCCACGCCUCGGAUAUUUUGCCGAUGACCGGCGCGAGGCUCCGGCUACGGUGUUGCCCCAUGCAGCCACCUCCCGGCCCCAGGAAUCGGCCAUACCUGUUCGACAGACCCCAGUCUCUGCGUCAGAGAUGGCUCGGCUGGAGCCUCUCCACGCCCAAGGAUUCCGGACUCCCAAUGUCGAAGUGCACAGGUCGCCCCUCCUCCCAACGCAGAGUGCACUGCCAGUCUCGCAACAGCAAUACCUUCAGCCGCAGCCGCAGCCGCAGCCCUCCUUGAUGCCUACGGGUUCUCACUCUCGCCAUCCUAGUCUCACGAAGACCCCCAGCUCGCCGGCACAGCCGCUUCACAGGCCCGAGUCCGACAUCUCUCCGAUUCGGCGUGAUUCCAUAUCGCAGAGGCCUUUCUAUUCCCUACACGGUCAGCAUAUGGGCAUGUCUCAGGCACCUCCGGUGUUAUCCCCCCCCAAGGAGCCCCCGCGACCGGGGUCCACCCCUCUGGAGCCACCCGAGGCCCCUCGCGUGCCAGCGAAGCGGUCGAACAUUAUGAGCAUCCUGAACGACGAGCCAGAGGAGCCCCAGCCUCGCAAACGAUUUGCCAGCGACCAGGCCUCGACCCCUGUGAUGAAUACCGGGUCUCCUUCUCGGCCGGUGUACACCGGGAUGCACCCGCUUUCUCAACAGGCCCCCCCUCCGCGUCAGGAAGAACCUACUUUAUCGUCUCAGCAACGGGCCUCGGCUUAUGCGCCGCAAAGCCAGUACCUCCCCCCAUCGCGCGCAUAUCAAGAUUACCAGCCAUACGGCACUGUUCCCGGUGGUCCCCCGGCGUCUGCGAACAACGACUGGAUGGCACGGUUUGACCCCCGAGGACAGGCACCGCCACAGCCACAGGCUCCCCCGCCGCAGCCCAGCAGCCGUUCCACUGCAUCGCUUGCUCCCCAGCCACCCUACUCUCCCUACGCCUCCGCCCAGUCUCUCUCCGGACCCUCCCUGCCGAAUCUCACUGCCCAGUCACCCGUACCAACCCCUUCGUCGGCAACAGCCCAACGCCCUGCUUAUCACGCAUCCGCAUAUGCCCCGUCUCCGGUGUCACAUGCACAGGCUUCCGCCGCAGCGUCGCGCGAGCUGGCUGCGCAGAGUCAGAUGUACCGUCAGAGCAUCGGUUCGCCCACCCCCCGCAACACCAGCCACGCAUACGCAUCGCGUCAAGGUCCGCCCACACCGAUCCAGUCACCGGCAAAUCUCCUUGGCAUGGGGUCACGGCAGCCAGCGCCGCAAGCAGCGUAUGGCUCGUCGGCACCGAUGACGCCAGCCUCGGGCCACAUGUCCGCGCAGCAGUACCAGCAGCACGUGCAGUCGAUGGUCAACGGCGCGCACCAGCAGGCCGCGCACCGCUCGUCGCUUGGAUUGGCUGGGGGGCCGUACGGCCACAACACGCCACCUCCACAGGCACAGGUUUCGCGGGCAGCAGGCUUGUCCGGACCAGGGCCACAGGGGAUGUCGAUGGGUCGCUCCUACACCCCGCCAGCCAUCCUGCAACCGAAUCCCAGCGGUGGACUCAGCUACGCUCCAAGCGGUCCAUCCGCCGCGGUUGGAUCUGUGCAUCCCCUCCAAGCGCGGCCUCCGGGACCCGGGCCACUCGGCGAGGGCAUGCCCGGCCCGCACGGCACGCCCGGCCACCACCGCGUGUACAGCCAAGGAUCGAACAUCGGCGGAUUGCCCGGAGCGAUGACACCGCAACACCCGCGAUAG